AUGAAAACCAUUCAUAACAUAGCAGCAGUUGAAGUAGAAGGACUUCCUGGUCAAGACAGAAGUACUCCUAUUCCUCGCCCACCGGAAGAAGAAGACUCAUUUCCGGUGUUGCACGAAAGGGAAUUACACUCGCUACACCGGAAUGUCCCGGCCCUGAGGAGGAGGGACAUGGACACGGCCACUAUCAAGCAACACUACUACCCAGAAGGGGGAUGGGGUUGGUUGGUGUGCGGCGCAGCGUUUUUGGCUCACCUAUUAACCUCCGGCAUCCAGCUAGCAUUCGGCUUGCUCUAUCUGUACACCAUGACGUCCCUUUUGCGGAAACAUCCCGAUAAGGAAAUCUACGCCAUGGGUACCGCAUGGAUGGGUGCGCUAUGCCUCUGUGUGUCCUUUUUCACAUCGCCAAUCAUAGUGGCCAUCUGCAGAAGAAAAUCCACAAGACUAGCAGCAUUCUUAGGAGGUCUAGUCAUAUCCCUAGCUUGCCUUUUCACCUCCUUUGCAGUGCAAUUUCACCAGGCCUUGUUAAGCUACGGCCUUGUCCUGGGUAUAGGGGCUGGAGUAGUUCGGGAAACCUCCACCCUCGUGUUGGGCCAUUACUUCAAGCGAAGAAGGGAGUUUGUCGAAAUGGUUGCCCAAGCUGGAACAGGAGUUGGCGUAGCCCUGUUUUCAGUACUGUACAAAGAAGCUAUAGGCAAACUGGGCUGGAGACUCGGCCUGCAAGCGAUAACAGGUCUUCUAGCCUUAGCGUUUUUUCUUCCGAUAGUUUAUAGAUCGGCGAAUCUAUAUCACCCUCAAAGACGAGCCAUAACUCAUUUAAAAAACCAAAGAAAGAAAAUGAAAGAGAAGAAGACGCACACGAAGAUACCCAAGCCUCCUAUGUUUGACUUUAGUCCUUUAAAAAGUCGCGGUCUUAGGGUACUUAUGAUGGCUUGUGCCUUUGCUGCUCUUGGAGUAUAUGCCCCAAUUUUUUAUUUGAUAUACCAGGGUUAUAGAGAAGGACUGGAAGAGAGUGGUUUGGUGGUACUACAGACCUUCAUGGGAUUUGCUUCUGCCUUAGGUUGCGUUGGAUUUGGUUUGGUUAUAGUAAGGCCUAGCACUCAAUGUCUCAUCUCUAGACAGUACCUGUGCCAAGCUGCCAUGGUGGGAAUAGGAAUAUCUCUUCUAGCCCUCAGUGCUGUACAAGGAUAUCACGGAUACGUCCUAUUUGUAUGGCUGUAUGGUAUCUGCUUAGGCGGAUUUACAUACUCUCUGAAAAUGUUCACAUUGGAAAGAGUUAAGGGUCGACACUUCACCAAAGCGUGGAGCUUUGUACAGGGUGCUAAGUCGUUACCUGUAUUGCUCGGAAUACCUAUCACCGGGUACAUAAACCAAACAUACCCCAAGGCGGGAUAUUAUUUUAGUUUUGUUACUACGAUUAUCGGAGCCAGCCUCAUGUUUCUAGUGGGCACAAGAAAGGACCACAACCCCAUGAUAAACAGCAACGCGAACAACUGCAACCUGAACAGCUGCACAAUAGCCAAUCUAAACCUAAACGACUGCGUUUGUCCUUUAGGCCCCUACAACCCCGUGUAUACGCCUGAGCUACCUCCCUACACAUUCUACAGACAAGGCAGCAACCACUACGAAAGGAUCUUCACGAACUACAGCGACCACUUCGAUAAGUCAAACUUGCACAGGCACUCCUACAGGCACAAAAUGGAACACUCGCCUCACUGUUUACCCAAGAGCCUGAGUUACGCUGCUAACAUCGACCGACCUCCAUAUCAGCACCCGAAGGGUAUGUGCAACCAGGACUAUAUUAGGUACACCCUGCCUAGGUCGAAGAGAGGAGUUCUUAGGCCAAGUAAAAGUGUCCCGGAAGGGUUAGCUAGGUGGGACUAUUGUAGAAGGCCCAUCGUAAGAAAUAUACAAGUUAUAGAGCAGAUAACGACGUCUGUUUAAGGAAUUUUAACAGUAUUUCGAGACCACUUCUUAGGUGCUAAUUUUUCUAGUCACUAGGUUAGUUCAUUACAAAAGACUUAAAACCUUAUUGUAGAUAUAAUAUUUAAUAAUUUUUGUUUCCGUUCUACCAUAGUCUGCGUCACAUUGUGAUCACUCUUUUUUAGGUGUGAAAUAGCUAUAUUUUAAGUUGUGAAUUAGAAUUGUUUAAGGACAAGAUGUAUUAAUAGUCAUCACCAGAGUUUGACAAUUCAGUAUGCGAAUAAUGCGGCAAUAAGGGAGCCUUAUGAUAAUUUGGUAGCAUGGACAUAUAAAGAAAUAAAAAAAUAUUCCACAUCCGAUCUGUGCCCAUCAAAUUAAUAAAUUUAUUAAACUAUCUCCUAAUUUACACUGUGUUGGAGGUUUCUAAAAUUCCCCAGCCCUUAUUGUUAAUGAGAUGGAGAACUUGAUUUAAAAAAGGACAUUUUCAUGUGGUUAAUCCUAUACUAUUGUCAUAUUCUAUCCUCUCUAACGCCCUUCUUUCAGUAGCACUAGCUAAUAAUGUAGCUUCGACCCUGAGGAAUUGGGUUAGUGUGUCAUUCUCCAACAAUUCACCAGGCUCAUCAAGCACAGAUUGGAGUUUCCCGUUGACACUUUGCAUUAAGACUUACUACUGAGCCUUUUCUCAGUUUUAUUUUUAGCAGUGGACCUACCAUGACACUUUUCGUGACCUUUCAUUGCUUUUGGGUUUGGCUAAAGAGUACCUUUGUAUCAAUCAUGAGUCUGUAGUUAAUCCUAGAUAAUUUGGACGCUAGACUGAUGAUCCAGAUCUGAGUCCAAGCUUGUAACAAUUUAUAAAGAUUUUUUUAUUGAUUAUAAGAAGUUUAUUUGAAAUAUUUGAUUAAUAAUGUAUGGUUUUAGUGCAGGUAAAUGUGUACAACACAAUCCUAAUGAAUACUUGAGAUUGUACUUUGUACUGGCCAGGUUACUAAUUUGAAUCUGGAGAAAACCAGAUGAUGUCCAGACACAGACAGCACACAAAUGUCAAACUCUAGUCAUCACAUCAAGUGCUUAAAAAUGUAUUUCAUGUGUUGCAAGUUGCAAAUAAGAUUUUUUCUACAAACGUCUUUUAACAGUACCUAAUUCCUUAUGUUUAUGUCAGUGGUAUGAAAUUAUAUUUAAAUUUACGUACAGAAAGGGCCAAUUUCGACAAUUUUAGGGAGUUUUAUUAUAGUGCUCCAAAGAGAUAUGCUAAACAAAAAAUAAUUUAGAUCCUAAUAUUCUUACUCAUUUAAGAAAUACAGGGCAUUUUUCAUUUAUGGUCUUCUGUGAUGUCCAAUAAUUUUUUUAUUCUUGUAAGAGUUUUCUGUUAAAUAGUUAUAUAGUAUAUAGAAUAUGGGUUUGUAGAAAAAUGAUUUUUAUAUGGACGGACUAUCUAUAUUAUUUUAACCAAAUAUAAGAUAUUCAGGAUAUUUUUUUUACAUAAAAAAAUUUGUUUCCUAAUCUUCGGAUAAAAUUAUUUCAAGUAC